AUGUCGGAUCCGAGGUAUCCUCAGGGCUAUCCGCCUCCGCAGGGUUAUCCAGGAUAUCCUCCUCAGGGUUACCCUCCACCGCAAGGCGGUUAUCCUCCGCAGCAGGGUUACCCGCCUCCACCCGCAGGCUAUCCCCCUCAAGGAUAUCCUCCACAGGGUUACCCACCCGCCGGUUACCCCCCUCAAGGAUAUCCUCCUCAGGGUUACCCGCCUCCCGCUGGCUAUCCCCCUCAAGGAUACCCGCCUGCCGGCUAUCCCGCACCCCACGGCUACCCAGCUGGUCAUGUGGCUCACGUGCAUGUGGGUCACCACAAGCACAAGUACAAGGGAAGGAAGCACAAAGGCUUCUAUGGCAAGCGCAAGGGUCUUUUCCGUGGCAAACGCAAGGGGUUCAUUGGCAAGAGGGAAGGGUUCUUUGGCAAAAGGAAAGGGUUUUUCAAGUAA